UUACGAGUAGUGGUCGAUAACCGAUUGUGCAUCGUUCUUUUCGAAACGAGAAAUUGAAGUUCGAUAUCUGUAAAAUAAUUCGUCAAACGCUGCUUUGAGAUAUCGGAUUCACCGCGGCAAAUUUGUUAUUCCUUCGUAACCGCGAUCCGUAUACGAAUUCGUUAAAAGCAGUAUGCAUCGUUUUAAACAGUUGCAUUUUAAAUUAUGCAACAAAAAUCCUCCAUUUUGAUGAGAAACAAACGCUAUGAGAUAGUAGAAAUACGAAAAAUACUGUAUAUGCGCGUUUUAGUACUUAGAAAAUAAGACGUGCCGGCACUCGACGAAUUUUGAUUUACAAUUAUGGAAAGUAAAUCGAUAACAUUGCCUAACAACGGAAAGUCUGCUGGAGCAGAUGACUCCAAAAGCGAGAUGCAAAUGGUACUUGCUAAAAUGAUGGAAGAAAAACAUACUUAUACCUACAAGAAGUUAGUGGUACCCAUGUCGAUGAGAAGUAUUUAUUGGAAAUUUUUUGGAUUUCCAGCCACAGACGACGGAGAUAUUCUCACUAAAGUAAAGAUCGUUUGCAUCUUAUGCAAAACUCAAAUUGCAUACAAUCGUAACACUAGUAAUUUACGUAUGCACUUGCAAAAUAAACAUGCUCAAGAACUUUUAGAACUGGAAGCUACCAAUCCCCCACGUAGACAGGUUCUUUCUCAGGAAACAAAAGAGAGGAGAGCACAAAAGAGAUUAUUAAAAGCAGGUUUAACCUCUGCGCAACAUAUUUAUACUACCAAUGCUGACGGUACUGUACAAAUAGAUGGGGACAUUCAGUUUGUGACUGACCCGAAUAUAAAUUUAUCCAACAUUGAGGAUGAUAUUACGCUUGGUCAACCAUUAAGAGUUAUGAUCAAAAGUAGUUCUAAUGGAAGCAAUAGUCAAAAUGUGGCCUUUCUUAUGCCAGAAGAUAAUUCUAUUAAUCAAUCUAGUAUCGAUGGAAAAACCGUAUCAGAUGCUAUAGCUGAAUUUAUUAUAAUGGACCUACAGCUACCAGAAGUAGUAGAAGGCCGGGGCUUUCAAAGGCUAGUUGCAACUUUGCGCUCACCUUGCGAAAUUCCUAGUAAAAAUAAAUUAGAAGAAGAGAUAAUACCAAAGAUUUAUGAAACCUUUCGCGAAUCUGUAGCAACAAAUUUGUCUUGUAUUACCAGUGAAGUAGGUUUAACUGUCGAAGAGUGGAGAUCAAAUUCUGAUGAACGUUUUGUUACUAUCUCUGUGUACUAUCAAAAUUCUGGUGAACCAGUUUUAGAAUGUAAAGUAUUAAGUACAAUUCAUGCACCUUUGGAUUGGGAGGAAUCUCAGUGGGGCAAUACGAUAGAUUCUUUAUUAGUCGAUUGGGACUUGAAAAUGGAAAGGAUAACUGCAGUAGUGGUAGCUACAUCUAGGACAGAAUUACUGGCUGCUUUGACAAAUCGAGGAUUAACGUUAGUUCCUUGCCUACUUUAUACAUUGCAAGUGUGUGCUCAAGCAUGUUUUGAGAAUCCAGAAGUUAGUACUAUAUUAUCUAAAUGUAGAGCAGCUAUUGGAGCUAUUAUAAGCCAUCCAGCUGCAUCUGCAGCUUUAGCUAUGCAAGAACAAUUAUUAGAGCUAGAUGAGAACACUAUGCUGAUAGAUUAUCCUCCUGUAUGGACAUCAACGUACAACAUGCUUGAACAAAUGGUUCUACGUCGUAAUAUCGUAACAUCGAUCUUAGAAAGCAUGGAAGGCGUCGAUCAAGAAGUAGUUGAUCUAACAAAUGAUCAAUGGAAGAUUGUAGAGGAUCUUGUAAAUGUUCUUGAACCAUUUAAAGUUACAAUUAUGACGCUUAGCGAAGAGAAAAUGCCUCUAAUAUCCUUGUUGAAACCAUUACUUUGGCAACUGGUUUCUUCUCAUCUUAAAAUAAAAGAAGCUGAUAGUGAUACUGCAAGGUCUUUUAAAGAAUCUUUAUCUGAUAUGCUUUGUGAUAGAUAUGCAGAUUAUAAUGUUACUCUUUUACUUCAAAUUGCAACUACUUUAGAUCCAAGAUUUAAGCAGCUACCAUAUGCUACAGAAGAAGAUAAAAACAUAGUUGCAACCCCUAUAAAAGAAAUGUUGACAAAACUAAUACAGGAGGAAUCUGGAGAUAGUAUAAAUAUUAAAGUUGAAGAAGAUCCUCCAAAUAAAAAAAGUCGAUUGUCAGGGAUGGAACUUUUACUUGGAGGUUUAUGUUCAACAAAAAGUAGAAUGCCUGCAGAAGAGAAAGCUGAUCUAGAACUUGUACAAUAUCAUUCAGAAUCCACUGCGCCACUUGAUUACUGUCCUCUUCAAUGGUGGGCUAAAAUUUCUGCAAAGUGUCCAAAUCUAGGGAAACUAGCUUGCAGAUAUAAUUGCGUACCUGCGUGUUGUGCACCACCUGCUAGAAUCCCAGCAGAAGUACAAGUUUUAUACGAUACAAGGCGUGCUGCCUUACCUCCUCAUUUAAUAGAUAAAUUACUCUUUCUUCAUGGGAAUCAUACUGUUUGAGAAGAAAAUUAAAUUCUGCUGAAGUUAUUUGAAGGUACUACUUUUUACUACACGAAACAAUCUUAAAAAUGUCGAUAGUUUUUAAAUGAUUUACAUUAUACGACACAUUUUUCAUAAGAAUAAUCUAAUAAUGGAACUUCAAAAAAGCAUAAAUUGCACUUUUUAAAUGUUUUGAGAAAAAGUCUAUCUACAAGAAUUUUACGAGAACGUAGAUAUCGCAAAAAUGCGUUUGCUUUCAACAAAAUAUUAACAUAAAUUUUAUAUUUCAAAAAUAUAAGAAAAGAGUAUUUAAAGUUCUAAGAGUAUCCGAAGAGCUGUGCAAUAUUAUAAAAUUCGUACUAUUUCUCUAUUUAAUUAAGUCUGCAGUAAUAUAACAUCAUUAGUCUUAAAAAAAUCUUUGAUAUCAAAGUUGUACAGAUAUUUAAAAGGAAAGCAGAAGGUAUAGUAAUAUUUGGGAAAAUAAAAGGAUGCUCUUUAUAGAAAGUAAUAAAAGAAAUAGUUUUCCAUUUUCAACAUAUAUAGGAUAUACAAACACAUAAGAACAUUUAAAACCUCAAUUUUUUCAUUUGAUCUUUGCAUUAUUUGCAAAUAAAUCUUGUUAAUCAUAACUUGGUUAAAUUUCAAAUAUAAUUCGACACAUAAUUUACAAUAGAUUGUUUGACAUAAUGAACUAUUAACCUGCCUGUAUACUUAAAAGAGAAAAAAGUUAAGUUACCGACACUUCGAAUAUCAUAUUUGUUUAUGAUAAAUUUGUUUAACAAUUGUUCCCAAAUAAGUGAUAAUCACAAGAAUAAGUGUGGUUAAGAAAUUAAACUAUAAAAUUAAUAGAUUAUUUCCAAUUUCUAUUUUUGCAUUAAUGCACUUUAAAGCGUGUAUUCUUGUGAUACUAACUUACAUUUUAAAAUACUAAGUAGUACAAACCUAGCAUUUUAUAUCAUGAAUGGUAGAGAUUAUAUCAUAAAUAAUGGCUGUUUUCCAAUAGGUAUAUUUUUCCUAUUUAUUUGUCUCAUGAUUUAUAAUUUAAUGCUUGAAUGUAAUGUAAUGUAAAUAAUGAGUUACGUAUAUGUUUCAUAUUAAUUUAAAUAUGACACCCAUGUUUAUAAAAAUUGUACAAAGUUUUACACUUUAUUUUUGUAAGAUAUCAACACAGUUGUAAAAAAUAAUUUAAAAUAAUAAUUUUUAUACUGUACAUAAACAUGAAUUAUUCUCAAAACAUAUUCAGACAUUUAAUGUUAUUGUAUAUUACAAACUGUAUUUAUUUGAACAUAAUUGUUUAAAAAAAAAAAUUAGAUUGCAAUACUUAUUUUGUUAACAUCUAAUUAUAGGUAUUAAUUUUCCUUAAAUUUUCUACAUUGAAUGUAGUUAUAUAAUUGUCACAAAGUAAAAAACGUUAUAAAAAGUUUCAUUAUCUUAUAUUUCUAUCACUUGUACUUUAAUUUAUUAUUCUUACAUUGCUAUGAAUAUUACAUUAAUUAUAAAAGUCAAUCAUGUAAGACUGAACUGAUUCUGCAUCCAUGUAGAACUUUCAUAGAAUCUUGGAUCUGCGAUUCUAAGAGAUGCUCUCUUAUAGAAAUAGUAAUACAAAACUGCAACUUUAACAUAAUUGAAUAUGAGAAAAGCUUAAUGAUGUGAUAUACAUAUCAUUUCUAUACCUCUAUUACCUCCUCUGUGCAACGAGUAAAGCAUAUGAAAAUCUUUAGUCCAAUAAUAUUUGAAUGAUGAUGACCAAUUCAUUUUAAUAUGCCAUGUGUGAAGACUAAUGCUUAAUAUCAUAUAUAUAAUACACAAAAUUAAUGUGAUACGAAAUUUUGUGUAUAAUAAUUGUAUUAGUCCAACCUG